CCCCAUCUCAAGGGCCUCCUCCGACUGGUCUAAAUCGAAUGACUCGGAUUAGGUCUGCGGGACCACGUAUAUAUAGCUUGAAAGACGCCAUCAUGCUAGCCUUCCGUGUGUAACUCCACGGCCGCUUCCACCACGCCAGUGGCACUCGCCCAUCAUGAAGUUCCUCGUCGCGACAGUGACCCUCCUCUGCUCUUUGGUCUCUGCGCAGACUGGUGUGCCUGAUGUCAACAGCCUUGCUGUGCAAAAGCAUCUGCGCGCCCGAUCAGCGUUGAUCGCGUUCGAGAAGAGACAGCGACAAGACCACUUUUUCCGUCAAAACCUCUCUUCUGUAGCCCAGAGAGCGGACGCCAUUGUAGCAGCGAUUCGCCAGGAGGAAAUUGACGAGUACUGGAGAGUGCCUGGAACCCCAGAGAAGAAUGAUACCGACGAGAGGUUCGCCGGUGAGGUGUUCUCGAAAGCCCGCCCAUUGAUCAAUGGAACCAAACUCUGGGACGUGGUCAGGCACAUGCCUAAGGGUUCUCUUUUACAUGCGCAUUUGGCCGCCAUGCUUCCCUUUGAGACUCUUCUGGAUACCAUUCUUCACACCGAGGGUAUGGUCUUCUCCGCCUCCCAGGACUUAUCCACCGACGACAACCGCAAGAAUGCCUCCAUCGAGUUUGCUCAUGUCAACCAUACCAUUGCGACCAAUGGAUCGUCAAUCUAUUCAAAGGAUUAUGUCCCUAACACGCCAGUUCCCGUGACUGUGGCUGCCAGCACUUUCCCGGGUGGUCAACAGGGUUUCAUCGACUUCGUCAACACCAAGGUGACCGUAUCUCCUGAGCAGUCUCUGCGUCACGAAUUGGGAGUCGAUGAGAUCUGGCGUGUCUUCCAGACAGCCUUCGGUCCCGCCAACACCAUGCUGUCGUACGAGCCCGUUGUCCGCAAGUUCUACCAGAAGCUCUUUUCGCGCCUGGCCGAGGACCACAUCAACUGGGUGGAAAUCCGUGCUGGUGGUUCGAGCGGCAAGCUUGUCCAUGAGGGUCAGGAGGACCCUGAUCCGGAUCUGGAUAUCUGGUGGGACGUCCUGUUGGAGGAGCUGGAGAAAUUUCAGAAAACCCCGGAGGGCGCCGAGUUCUGGGGAGCGAGAGUCAUCUGGUCGGACAGCAGAGGCAAGAACCGUGCUUCGCUGACAAAGAGCAUGGGAAUUGCUCUUGAGCGGAAGCGCAGACACCCUCAGCUCUUUUCGGGCUACGAUGUGGUCGCUCAAGAAGACUUGGGCCGUCCUCUCGCCGACAUGGCACCCGAGUUGAUCUGGUUCCAGCAACAGGCCGAGGAGUCGAAUCUUACUAUUCCUUUCUUCUUCCACGCCGGCGAAACUCUCGGCGAUGGAAACUCGACCGACAACAACUUGUUCGACGCGGUCCUCUUCGGCACACGCCGUAUUGGACACGGUUUCUCCCUGUACAAGCACCCGAGGCUGAUUGAUGAGGUGAUCGAGAACGGCAUCAUGGUGGAAGUCUGCCCCAUUUCCAACGAAGUCCUGCGUCUCGCCACCGAUAUCCUCCACCAUCCCCUUCCGGCCAUGAUUGCCCACGGUAUUCCGACGGCUAUCAGCAACGACGACCCGGCGAUCCUCGGCCAGAACGCAGCUGGUCUAAGCUACGACUUCUACCAGACAAUCCAAGCCUUCGAUAACGUCGGUCUUGCUGGCCUGGGAGCACUGGCGCAGAACAGCAUCCGGUGGAGCAACUUCGAAGAUCAGAACGAGGUCGAAUGGGUUCGUGAUAUUGAUUUCGGUGAGAAUGGAGAUGGCAUUAAGGCCAAGCGUUUGCAGCAGUGGAAUGAAAAGUGGGAGGCCUUCUGCGAGUGGGUUGUGAAGGAGUACGGAGACCGUUAUGCCACAGAGGAGGUCUGAUAUCCACAUAGCAUGAUUAAGCUAGUGAAUGUUAGACUUAGGUUUCCAACUGAUUGCCUCGUAUUAGCCAUUUCUCAAGACAUAUUCAAGUCGGAUUUGAUUAUUGUCUUAUGGUAAACCAAAGUCUCAGUGAUUGGAGGGCGACCUGCUCCAACUCUAACCUGGAAGCUCGAGUACUCACGACCAUCAGCCAUCGAGAUACUUAUCUCCGCAUCUCAUUCAGAAUUGACUAUUGGCAGUUUUUUGUUUCGUAUUACAAAAUCCCCGGCGUCCAUCCCUUUUUGCAACGCGAAGUUCAGUGAGGGUAUA